AUGCAGUCAGAAGGCAGUGGAUCACACCCUGAACCGUCUGAAAGUGAGAAAAGUCACUUCAGCAAGUACGGAAAGCUGACACGGGGAGGCUUACUCGGUCAAAAAUCCAAGGAACGGACGUACUUUGACUCCGGCGAUUUCGCUCUUUCCGCCGCUGAUCGCGUGACCGACAACGGCGCUAUUCAAACAGGAAAAGCGCAUCCCCAUCGGGACAGCAUUUCGCAUCCUUAUGCACCUAUCCCGGCCGCUAGUAAUGUUGACAAGGAUGCCAUCGAAGAUUUGUAUAGGAAGAGUGCGAGUCCCGAGAAGAGUCCUCCUUCGGCAAACCAACAUUGA